AUGAUAGCAUACUACAAUUCUCCACAUUAUAAUACUGACGCAUUCAAUCCAUUCAAUAUUGGAAGUCAUAAUAUAUUAUUCAAUGAUGUAAUGCACCAACUAGAUAAACAAUUUUAUCAUAACCAAAGUCAAAAGAUGCUUGCUCAAAUGAGUAAGCCAAGCAGUGUAAAGCAGGUCGAAACGGUAGAUGGUUAUCAAAUCCAAAUCGCUAAGAAAUACGGUGAUUUUAAUGGAUAUGAGAUCAGAGUAAUAAGGGACUUAUCAGGCAACUAUUUACUUAAGAUUGAAGGAAAUAACGAUCAAUUCAAGAAGUUAUACCAAUUAAACCCAGAAGAAGUGGAAAUAGGUGAAAUUGACUGGAAGUGGUUCAGAAAUGAAAACAUCUUAGUAUUGAACAUACCGAAGAGCGAACACAAAUACGAAGAGAAAAAGAAACUGAAGAGUGUCAAGAAGGCAAAUUGUAAGAAAUCUGAUCAUAGAAGAAAGGCAAGACACGAGAAGAGGUUGCGUCGCAAGGUCGACAAAAUUGAAGCUGCUCUUCAAGAAGAACAAAGACAAAGGAAUUCCGAAAAGCAAGAAGAGGACGAAGAAGACAAUCACCGCAACCUGAUAAGCAACGAAGCGCUGUUUGAACACGAAGAAAACAUAGAAGUUGCCCCAUCAGACUCGAGUACAGCUUUGGAGUCUGACAGUAGUGAAACUGAGUCAAUCGAAUCCGAACCUAUUAAAGUCAAGAAAAACAGACUGCCUUCAAUCGAAGAAGUCGAAGACGAAGAAUUUAUACUACUUCGCAAGAAUAUGAUAUAG